AAGCGAUACAUGUUUGGUUGAGCUUUGAAUGAGGGGCCAUCAUCCCGGCGGCUCAGAGGUGGAAAAUACAGUUUAAAGUCUCCUUGGUUGCAUUUAAAAUGAACAAGAAGGCUUUUCUCACAUGUACCUGAGUGACUGUUCAGCGUUCUUUCGUCUCUCGUUGGGUUUUUUUAGAUGCACUCCUCUCUGCUCCUAAUGUUUUGAGCUUUCCAUCUGAAGUCUCCUCAAGACUGCUCAAGACCAAUGCCUUAGUUCUGACUAGACAUGAACUAAAAACAUACAUAGAUAUAAUCUGUGUAUAGUUCUUUAAAAUUCUCCUCAAGAAAUCAGACAACAUCCCAUCACCCAUACCACCCUCCUUCCCCUCUCUCUUUUUCGAUUUACGUCAGAUCACGAGGGGCAUCAAAACACACUUAAGACAUACAGACACGCAUACACAUACAAAAGCCACAAUGUCCUCCAUCCUUCCCUUCACUCCCCCAGUCGUGAAACGCCUCUUGGGUUGGAAGAAGACUCCAGCAGGGAGUGGAGGAGCAGGGGGAGGAAUUGGAGGAGUAGGGGAGCAAAACGGAGGAGGACAAGAGGAGAAAUGGUGUGAAAAAGCUGUGAAGAGCUUAGUGAAGAAGCUGAAGAAGACUGGGCAGCUGGAUGAGCUUGAAAAAGCCAUCAGCACGCAGAACAGCAACACAAAGUGUGUCACGAUACCCAGUAAUUGCUCAGAUCUAUGGGGUCUAGGCUCAGGCCACACGAUAGAGCAGUGGGACUCUACAGGCAUGUACGGAUAUCCUGACCAUAGCAGGUCACUGGAUGGGCGUCUCCAGGUUUCCCAUCGUAAGGGCCUGCCCCAUGUCAUCUAUUGCCGCCUGUGGAGAUGGCCCGACCUUCACAGCCACCAUGAGCUGAGGGCCAUUGAUGCCUGCCAGUACGCUUUCAACCUCAAAAAGGAUGAAGUGUGUGUCAAUCCCUACCAUUAUCAGAGAGUGGAGACACCUGUGCUGCCUCCGGUGUUGGUGCCACGCCACACAGAGAUUCUGACAGAACUUCCGCCUCUGGACGACUUUACAAACUCCAUCCCUGAAAACACCAACUUCCCUGCUGGUAUAGACCCUCCUAAUAAUUAUAUACCAGAGACCCCUCCGCCUGGCUACAUCAGUGAAGAUGGAGAGACCAGUGACCAGCAGAUGAAUCAAAGUAUGGAAACAGGCUCUCCAGCAGAAAUGUCACCCAGCACCCUGUCGCCUGUCAGUCAUGGCCUUGACCUUCAGCCAGUUACUUACAGUGAACCAGCUUUCUGGUGCUCAAUAGCCUACUAUGAGCUAAACCAGCGAGUCGGAGAGACAUUCCACGCCUCACAACCAUCUCUGACAGUCGAUGGCUUCACCGACCCUUCCAACUCUGAACGAUUCUGUCUCGGCCUUCUCAGCAAUGUCAACAGGAACGCAACUGUUGAAAUGACAAGGAGACAUAUAGGUCGUGGUGUGAGGUUGUAUUAUAUCGGAGGGGAGGUGUUCGCAGAGUGCCUCAGUGACAGUGCCAUUUUCGUCCAGAGUCCCAACUGCAACCAGCGAUACGGCUGGCACCCUGCCACAGUGUGCAAGAUACCACCAGGCUGUAAUCUAAAGAUCUUUAACAACCAGGAGUUUGCUGCACUGCUGGCCCAGUCAGUCAAUCAGGGGUUUGAGGCAGUCUACCAACUAACCAGGAUGUGCACCAUCAGAAUGAGCUUCGUCAAGGGCUGGGGAGCAGAAUACAGACGUCAGACCGUAACCAGCACUCCCUGUUGGAUUGAGCUUCAUCUCAACGGCCCCCUCCAGUGGUUGGAUAAGGUGCUGACCCAGAUGGGCUCACCAUCAGUGCGCUGCUCCAGUAUGUCCUAAACAGGGUUCUGCCGCUGCCUACACAGAGUCAAAGUGACAUUUAGCAACAUUAGUAUGUCCUAAGGGAAACCACCAUGCAGUCUUAAACUGAUUACUAACAACAUUAUGAAAACACAACAAAAACAAAGAAAAAAGAGGAUUACACAAUGGACCUGGUGGAUGGGAGAGUGACAUCACUGAUGGACAAUGGUGGAAUGUUAAUAGUGAUGUCAGAGUGGGCCUGAUCACCUCAGGCUCUGUUGGAUUAAUGCUGACAUUCCAGUAAUCAUGGACCUAAUAAGUGAAAUCACCCUGCAAUAUAAAAAUGUCAAGACAUGGAGUGAUGUCAUAAUGGACCAGACUACAUUCAUAUUUUUUGGUAUUUGACUGAGGUUCUGCACCAGACACACAACUUAGGACAGAGUUUUACUGUCUCCAAUGACUCGAGAACAGCUGCUUCGGGGUUUGAACACGUGACCUUACAGGACAGUCACUCCAACCACUAGUCCCACCAUGCCGCUUCACUACCUACCAGCCACAGCACAACUUUGAUUCAGUGUGUCAGGCUUCCUUUUUACACAAGGUUGAGCAACAGUAGUACUGCCACUCCAGGCUCAUGUUCAACCAAAGUCAGCUCCAUGCCUGGACAUGAUUUUUUUUUGCUGCAUUUUCUUCGUGACUUCCAUUUUUAUCUGAGGUUUCCACUUUUCCUGCUUUUUCCUAAUCAGUCUUGUGCUGCCGUGAUUACAGUUCACCUGACUACGCUGGGCUGACAGUCUUCAGCUCUUAAAGGGGAGACCACCAGAUCAAGUUGAUGUCUAAUAUUACAUAACCCAUCUUUACAUGUUCACAUGCACACACGUACACAAACAAACCUUUGCCCUUCAUGCACCACUUAACUUUAUAUUUUAACACCUUUGCCUUGACAUAACGACAAAUCAUUUCUUCUGUGGUGUUUAAUGUUUAGUGUUGAUUGGUCCCGUUCAGCCAUGAGUGUGCAGUGGGCAGAUGCUUGAGUGUGUAUGAGCUGAAACAGAGGACUUUGUCUUUUGUUCUUCUCUGAGGAAUUUUUGUUUUAAAGUGUGGUUGGUGGCUAACCAGCACAGUUCAAUGAAAUGAGUAUGCUACAGGAAAGGAAGUGCAAGAGUGCAGGACGUGUCACACCACUGGAACUUCACACAGUUUAUGAACUCUUUUCAGGCAGUAAUAAAGACAUAAGGACACAGUUAACAGUUUGCCCUUCUGGCUUUUGAAGCUCAGCAGUUUGCACCGUCUGUCUCCCCCCUCUGCACGUUCUUGCUUUUUUUCCUCAUACGUGCGCCUCCUUAACUUUUAACACUGAUAUCAUCUCGCCUGUGAAGGAGAAUUGGAUGUUGGACUUGUUGCAGGAUUGGACUCGGUACGAGUCUAAGCCUCAAAGUCAGCCCCUGCUGUCUAACAGACAAAAAGAAACACACCCAUCUCUUAUAAUUCACUGAUGUAGACAUUGUGAAAGUCUCUUUAUUAUAUGCUUAGACAGAUGCACGGUUUCCCCAAUACUGACAUUUUAUUGACAGGAAGAUGAAGAUAAAAAGUCCUGCAGUGUGGGACUUAAAAAAUAGCUUCUGUACCGUACUUGCACUGCCCCAAAUAUGCACCCUUGAUAUUGCUACAAGAAAGUUGCCUUUGAUGUAAAAUACAGCAAGAUAUGCUUUGAAAUGUACAGAUAAGAAUGUUGAAAAGCCCAAUUUAAGUCAAGAUAAUUACAAAAUUAUAAUAAAUGUUCACUAUAUUGACGUAUAUUCUCAGAAUUGGCUUAUUCAAGAGCAUCCCUUUGAUUUUAAUGAGAUUUUGUUUGCCCCAGCUUAACAGCCAGCCGGUACCUCCAUCAGUAUUUUAGAGUCCAAAUCUUUUCAACUCAAAGUGUUAAAGCUUUAAGUAUUUGACAAACUAGUUAUACAACACAGCUAUUAUUUUCUUUAUGCAUUCUUUUAGCUACUUUUUUUGUACUUCCAUGUAUUUUUUCUAUCUGAAUAUAUUUAAAAUUGUCAGAGCUUUCUUCCUCUUUAUUAGAAUUAAAUAUUUUUUUAAAAUAUACCCUCUGUUUGGAACGAUCACAGCUUGAUGAUGAUUUAUGAAGUAUGUAGCGUAGGAUGUAACUUUCACUGUAUUUACCACUGAAAACAGUUCUUCAGUUCAAAUUGUGUGCUUAAUGACUGAAAGGCCAAGUCACCAUAAUUAACAUCCUCUUCAUCAAAACCUAAUUUGGCCGAUAAAAUGCCAAAAGUGGCUGGUGAGUUCUUAUCAACUGUCAUAGCUGUCGAUGAAAGUGGUUUUCUGCCUUACUGUUAUUUUUCAACUCUGUUGGCAUGACCCAAAUUACAGUAGUGCUGUCCCAAAGACUGAAUGCAUGUAUUUAAGUAUGUCCUGUCCACUGCAGAUCUACUGUGUCAGAAACCUAGCUGCUGAUGAAAACCUAAUAUCUGUAGUUUUCUGGUCUUUUAUUGGCCUAAUCUAAAUAUUAAAACUUUCCAAUGUCUUUUGGGGGUUUAAUCUGUUGCAAAUUGUUAGUUACAAAUUUAGAUUGCAGUUUUUUUUUUCUCAGUAUACCAUUGUCAUGAGAAAGUAAAGUUAAGAACAUGACUAAAAUUGGUUUUGGUUUUAUAAGGAUCUGAUCCAACAGCUGGGCAGUACAGUAUUCUUUUUCAGUAUCAAAGCAGUUAGCGUUGAUUUGAAAUGCUCUGACUUUGAAGGUGAAUUUGUUGAAUUCUGUCUUACUUUAUAAACAUAGGACAUUCCAGUAAGCAGUCUCAACGCUGCUGCCAAUUUCAGCUCUGGAGAUGUUUACUACUUAUCACUCCUUGUGUAUGGUUGUAAACUGUUAGUCUACAGUGAGUGUGUUUACAUGCAUGUGGCAUUAUGAUGUUAUCUCCAAGUGUGUUCUCCAUGAGUGCUAGCAGAAUGUUGGCACAAAAAAUGGUUGGUUGUAAUGGUUGUAAACAUAUGUAAAUUGAAUGAGGUGUAUACUUAGCCUCACUAUCUUGGUUCAUACUGUCACAUUCCACAUAGCUGGCUUUUUUUGUUGUUGUUUUCCAAUCUGCGACAAAUACAUUAGAGGUCUUUUAACUUGGUCGACGGUAAUGCUGUUGUGUACGUAAACACAUUCACAUUUUCUAUUUGAUCAUUCAGUACUGCAGUAUGUGGUUGAAAUGUGCAUUUAAAAAAAAUGUUGUAGAGCACCAAAAGGUUUAAUGAAGGUUUAGUUUAUCAUAUUAUGGUUGCUUGAUAUCAGACUGAAUUGGGCCCAGGCAAAUAUGUAGGCUGAGACAUCUAAUUCAUAAAUCCUGAUGUUUAAUCUGCAGUAACUUUGUAAUUCAAGUCUUGCGUUCGAUACACUCUUGAUAGAUGAAAUCCUCUCCUGCAGGAUGAUGUUCAUCAGCACUUGGACCAAACUAAAAUAUUGACGUUUUUGAAAAAAAAAAAUAAAAGCAAGUGAUGGUCCUGCAGUUUCUAUGUAGGUUUGACCACAAAUUGUACUUGUUUUUAUCAGAGAACCGAAAAUUUGCCUGAGUCGAAUGUUUAUAGUACCUACUUGUAACCAGACUGAAACCAGCCAAAUGUGUCUGUCUGUAUGUGUAUCUGUCUGUCCUAGUAUCUGUCCUGUCUUGCUGGUCUGUCAUUUGUUUUUCAUUUAUUAGGGAAAAAGUUGACUGGACUUUGCUGAGGUCAGUGCACAUGCUAAAGUGAACACACAGCAGGUUGUUGUAUCAUUGCUAACUUGUUUGUUCUAUGCAGCAACAUCAGAUACUGUGUACUCAAAAAACAUUUCCACAUGAAGAAAUAUACAUAGUGUAUUUUCUGAUGGCUAGACAUGCUGUUUUUAUGCAUGUUGCCAGGGUUCAGCAAAAAGCCUUUGUAUCUACUUCUUUUGCCACCCAAAAUUGUACCCCCAAAAACCAACCAGCUUUUUUUUUUUUUUUUCCUUCAACCUUCUUUCCUCAUUUUUGGAGAAAGAAGAUGACAUGUAGGCUAUACCUACACAUUUUGAGGGUUCAUAUUUCUAUUUCAGAUUACAUAUUGUAUUUUAUUUUAUUUUUUUCUUAUUGUGAUGACAAUUGUGUAUCUCCAAAUAAGCCUCUUUCUUGUGAAUUCCUAAGAAGGUGGCUUUUUGGAGAAAGUGAAGCUUCUACAUGUCACUAGUGAUGUUAUUGUAUAGUCGUACUUUAAUUUUACCAUACACACUGUUCCUUUUUCUUGCUAUCAACAGAGCAUAUCCCAUUAGACAACAAGCUGUUAGUUUUUCUGUCUUCUUUAAACACUGAUGAUGAUCUUCUUAGGUUUUCCAACUAUUCUGCAUAUACAGACAACUUCUUACAGUGUACACUAAUAAAGCUGUUUUAAUUAAACUUAAAA